AUGUUCCGCACAGCAUUGGUCCGUUCCGCCGCCUCGGCGUCCCGCGUCGCCAGCGCCCCCGUCUUCAGAAUGGCCGCUCCCGCCACGUCGAGAAUCUCUGCCUUCAAGGCUGUGCGCAUGUACUCUGCCGCCUCGGGCCUGAAGAAGGAGGAGAUUGAGGGUCGCAUCAUUGGCAUACUGCAGGGUUUCGACAAGGUCAACGACACGAGCAACAUCAAGGCCACUGCUCACUUCGCAAACGAUCUCGGCCUGGACAGCUUGGACACCGUUGAGGUUGUUAUGGCGAUAGAGGAGGAGUUCAGCAUCGAGAUCCCCGAUAAGGAUGCCGAUGCCAUCCACAGCGUGGACAAGGCUGUCGAGUACAUCCAGAGCCAACCUGACGCCAACUAA